CACUGAAGAGAGAGAAGUAAUCGCACCAAAAUGGUCAAUCAAUCGCCCGCCCGAGGACAUAGCUCUCCGGUUAUUCAUAGAUCCGUAACUCCAGAGGAUGAUGCCAGCAAAAGGAUUCCUCCAACAGUGCCAGGAAGCGAUAUCAUUGGUGAUGUAGUGGGUGACUUUGGUAUCUGGCAGCUGAGGACAAUCCUGAUUCUGUUUUUGUGCAAAAUUCCUGCCGCCUGGUUUAUGGCCUGUAUUAUAUUCACCGGACCGGAACUGUAUCCCGUCUCGGAGUUCACCUGUGAUACUAGCUAUCUGGAGGACUCCAAUGCCAGCUACAGUGUGUCAGACAACCAGUGCCAUGUCCUGGAUGAAUCGUCCGGCAGCAGAAGUGAAUGCCAGCAGUUCACCUACAUGUCUAGUUUCGAUUCCCUGAUCAUGCAAUUCAACCUGGUCUGUCUUCGAGAUAUUUUCGUUGCUUGGACCCAGUACUGGCAUCUGUUUGGUGUUCUAGUGGGUGGAGUGGUGGGCACCAAGAUGAUGCUGGGCAUCAGUCCAAGAAGCACAUACUGUGUUGGUGCUGUGGCCCAGAUUGUGUGUGGAGUGGUCACAGGAUAUGCCCGAGAUUUCAGCCUUCACUGCGCCUUUCGAUGUCUCUCCGCCGUGUGCUGUGCCAUUAUGUUUACGGCCGGACAAGCAAUUUUUGCCGACAUUACGGCUGGCAUUCAUCGAAUUGGCGCCAUUAUCCUGUACGACACCUUUUGGUCUGUUGGCGUGAUCCUGCUGCCUGGACUAUCCUCCUUCUUCAACAGCUGGUCUCUCAUCUACGUGGGCAUUACCUUCCCCACUGUCUUGUUGAUCCUGCUACUAUACUGGACCCCAGACUCCCCCCGGUGGCUCCUGCGUCGCGCCACCGACCGUUUUGCCAUCGACCAAGUGGAGGAAAUUGUCCGUGAAGGAGCGGCAAUUAACGACCGCACUUUCAAGAUUCCUCCGGAUUUCCGGCAGCAACUGGAGCAGUUAAGUGAACAACUCAAGGCCCAACCAGCACCGGCUCCUUGGCGCCAGUUGUGGGUGGGAAAAAGGGCCAAGACCCACAUGGUGGCCGCCCAUCUUUCACUGGCAUUCUUCGUCAUUAAUUUCAUGGGCAUGUUGCUGAAUAUUCGAUCGUUUGGAAGGGAUUACCUAGUGCCCAAUACCAUAGCCAUGGGAUUUGCGGAAAUUAUUGGUUGCUUUCUGGCUCUUCACUUUACUUUGAAACACAACAAGUGGAAGUGGCAAUGUGCUGGGAUCUUUAAUAUAUUAGCUGGAAUACUGGGCUGCCUUGGCUGGAUCUGGACCAAUGCUGAUACUAUGGAUGCUGAUCUAAAGGUGACGCUCUGGAUGAUCAUCGCCACUAUUCCCAAGGCAGCGGUGUCUUGUGCUCAAUCCAUGAUUCUGGCCUGCAUGAAUGAGCUGAUGCCGGCGAACAAGAAGCAGCUCUUUGUCUUCUCCGUGGUAACUUGGGCACGUAUUUGGCUCCUUUCGGCACCAUUCUUCAACGUCCUGAAAAAGAUAUACACUGCCCUGUCGCUGACUUCCUACUGCGUCUUCAGCAUCUUGGGUGGAAUCUGCACCAGCUUGCUCCUUACGCCCAGGCUAAGUGUCACACCGGCUGUGCCCCAAAUGGAGACCAAUGACAAAAAGGAACAAUCUCCUCUGAAUGCUCCGGUUUGGACCAUCGAAUCGGAAGUUAAUAACACGCGAUUGUAGAAAAUCUCUUUCUUUUUUGAUUUUUCCCGCCA